AUGUGGGAGAAUAUGAUUGAAUAUUUAAAGGACCCAUGGUUGGUGGUUAAAGUUCAAAACUUCUUUGGCGUUGUAUAUAAAAGAAUCCAACAUACUGAUGAAACUAGUGUUGUGCAUUCUGAUAGACUUGAACAGUAUGAAGAAUUGGAUAUCAAGCAACAUAAAAGAAUACCUAGUGACAUUUCGGGCAGUUCCCAGACAUCUUGUGACACCGAGACGUCUGUGGAGAGUAAUUCUGAUGAACUCGAGCUUAUGAUAGGAAAUAGAUUCUGGUAUUACUUAUUUGUAUUGGGUACAGCACUUGGAGAUGAAAUAUUUUAUGCAACAUUUAUACCAUUCUGGUUUUGGAAUGUUGAUGGGGCAGUUGGGAGAAGAGUGGUCCUUGUAUGGACUGUAGUUAUGUAUAUUGGCCAAGGUUUCAAAGACAUAAUUCGAUGGCCGAGGCCUGGCUAUCCAGUGAAGAAAUUACAAGAAAAAUGGGCGAUAGAAUAUGGAAUGCCUUCAACUCAUGCGAUGGUGGGAGUCUCUAUUCCCUUCUCCGUGCUGCUGUACACAAUUGACAGAUAUCAGUACCCCGUUUAUUGGGGUGUUAUUAUUGCUGUCUCAUGGUGCAGUUUAAUUUGUGUCAGCCGAGUCUAUCUGGGCAUGCACAGUGUUUUGGAUAUAGCAGCUGGGUUACUGCUGUCUAUAUUACUUAUGGUAGUGUUAAUACCGAUAGUAGAUCGUCUCGAUUGGGUUCUACUAACAGAGCAUUAUUCACCAUUACUGAUACUCGCAGUGUCUAUUCUGGUUAUUGUCUACCAUCCGCAGUCUGAUAAGUGGACACCUACUCGAGGUGACACGACUAUGAUCGUGAGUGUGUGCGCGGGCAUUCUCCUCGGCUCAUGGAUCAACUUUCAGCUCGGCAACAUGACCCCACCGGAAGGUGACCUGGCUCCGCCGUACCGUAUCAUAUGGCCCUCUAUAGAGAUGUUCGGAUGCCUCCUUCUAAGAACAACACUCGGUUUUUGCGGAGUGCUAGCCACUAGAGCGUUUGCGAAAUCAUUCUCGUACGCCGUUAUAUGCGCCCUGCUCGGUAAAGAUAAAAACGAACUACGCAAUUCUGAGAAUAGCCUCGAUAAUAAAAAUAAAAUAUUCGUCGAAUGUUGUUAUAAGUACUUUACGUAUGGUCUUAUCGGGCUCAACACGACAUACGUGUUUCCGAACGUGUUCGAUCUUUUGCAAAUAAAUAGACCGACAUACUAUACUGAGAUUUGA